AUGGAAAACGAUAGAGGGAAGUUGAUUUACAUGGCUACGAUUGCUUACCUAGCUAAAAGAUAUGAUGAUAUGACGAAAUCGAUGAGAAAAGUAUGUGAGUAUGAAAUAGAGCUAACUGACGUAGAGAGAGAACUACUAGCAAUUGGCUACAAAAAUGUGAUGACGAAGAGAGCAUCAUUGAGAGCAUUAUCUUCCAUUGAAGAAAAGGAAGACUCCAAAGGAAACAAGCAAAACGUGAUGAUUAAUAAAAAGCUAGAGAUAGUUUAACAUGAGUUUUUCAGUGUUUGUAAUGACAUUUUGUCUCUCAUUGAUUCUCAUCUCAUUCCAUCAACUACCAAUGUCGAGUCAACCGUUUAUUACUACGCAAUGAAAGCAAAUUAUUUUCGAUAUAUGGCAGAGUUUGGUUCUGAUGCUGAACGUGAAGGAGCUGCAGAUAAUUCUCUCGAGGCAUAUAAGAUUGCAAUGGAAACGGCAGAGGGUGGUUUAUCGCCAACGAAUAUGGUUAGACUUGGCUUGGCUUUGAACUUCUCGAUUUUCAACUAUGGGAUCCUUAAAUCUACUGAAGAACGUUAG